CUUGUUGGCUUUUUGCAAGUAAAAAAAAAUGAACAAAAGCCUUAAAAUACAAGAAAAAUAAAGGCAGAUAUAUAAAAAUGGUCGUUACUCGUUACAGAGAAGUGUAACAAAAAUGAAGAACACUGUCAACAACAUCAACAACGACCCAGCUGAUGAUAAUGAUACUAACAAAGACCCUGUUGCUACUCUCGAUUCACGCUUCAACCAAACCCUCAAAAGUGUUCAAGGGCUACUUAAAGGACGUAGUUUUCCUGGUAAAGUGUUGCUGAGUCGUCGAACUGAACCUUUUGACACCUCUAGCAUACAUGGCUCUCCCCGGGGAUGCGGAAGGAGUUACUCUCAAAAUGAUGCUGGACCAAGUGAACAGGAGGAUAAUUUUGUUGAGGAACAAUCUCCAAGUGUUGAUAGUAAUGAGUCUAAUGACUCUGCUGUCAGUAAGUCAAAACCUUCACCUUCUCCCGUCAGUUCAUCCAAAGAGUCCCAGAAGACUUUGUUAAGUGCAAGAGCUACAGAUACUGCAAGGGUUAUGAAGUUUAAAAAGGAGCUUUCAGCACCAACAGUUACUUUAGAUAAAUUACGGGCACUAGCUUGGAAUGGCGUGCCAUCUUACAUGCGGCCUGUUGUCUGGAGACUUCUUUUGGGAUAUGCACCACCUAAUUCAGAUAGAAGGGAAGGAGUUUUGAGAAGGAAACGUCUCGAGUAUCUUGAUUGUGUGGCACAGUAUUAUGAUAUUCCAGAUAGCGAACGUUCAGAUGAUGAAAUCAACAUGCUUCGCCAGAUUCAAGUUGACUGUCCCAGAACGGUACCUGAUGUAACUUUCUUUCAGCAACCUUCUGUCCAGAAGUCUUUGGAGCGGAUACUCUACACUUGGGCCAUCCGUCAUCCUGCUAGUGGAUAUGUUCAAGGAAUAAAUGAUCUUGUGACACCAUUUCUGGUUGUAUUCUUGUCUGAACACUUAGAAGGAAGCAUUGACACUUGGUCAUCUUUGGACCUAUCCAAAGAUAAAAUUGCUGAUGUUGAGGCUGACUGCUAUUGGUGCCUCUCAAAAUUGCUUGAUGGUAUGCAAGAUCAUUACACAUUUGCCCAACCAGGAAUCCAGAGACUUGUUUUUAAACUAAGAGAACUUGUUCGGAGGAUUGAUGAACCUGUUUCAAAACAUAUGGAAGAGCAUGGUCUUGAGUUCCUCCAGUUUGCGUUUCGGUGGUUCAAUUGUCUUCUAAUACGUGAGAUUCCAUUUCCCCUCGUCAAUCGCCUUUGGGAUACAUAUCUUGCAGAAGGUGAUGCACUCCCCGAUUUUCUUGUGUACAUAGCAGCCAGUUUUCUUUUAACUUGGUCCGAUAAGAUCCACAAGCUUGAUUUCCAGGAGAUGGUGAUGUUCCUUCAGCACCUCCCAACUCUCAAUUGGCAAGAUCAAGAAUUGGAGAUGGUGCUUUCAAGAGCGUACAUGUGGCAUACCAUGUUCAACAGUUCUCCGAGUCAUUUAGCUAGCUAGUCAAUGCGGCAAAAUAUAUAUAUUUUGACAUGUUUAGUCCUGUUUGUUCCCUAUUGUGUUCAUCUAGUGGUAAAGAUCGGUUCAUACUGUUGAUAAUUUGGCCUUGUACCAUUUGUGUUAGAUUACAUUGUUCUUCAUGAUGUGUAAUCAAUGGCAUGUUUCAUCUAAUCAAAGUACCUUACUUUUUCAAUACUAGUGAUUGUAAUUCGAUUUCAAUUCAAUUUCAAUUCAAUAGAUGAGGGAAAUACAGAGGAGACUCGGAGAGUAUAUGAUUCUAUUCUGCAAAA